AUGAUAAGAUACUUGUCAUUCUCUUUAGGUAAAGGAUGCCGGGAUACAUUCAAAUCACUGGCACGCACAUCAAUCAGCUAUGAUUCAAGACCAAAAUCAGUGAUUAUCGUUGAUUUAAAUAACGAUAUACAGCCGGAUUUCGUUGUUGCCAAUUCAGGAACAGACAAUAUCAGAGUCUUCUAUAGAUAUCCGAUUGGAACAUUUGAUAAUCAAAAGAUUUAUGCAGUUGCAACAGCAUGUCAAGCGUAUGCAGUCGUUGCUGAUGCUCUAAAAAAAGAUAUUCUUGAUAAUUUUAACAACACAUUAACAAGUGUUCGAUCUGUUUCAUCAAUCAGUUCAACAACAUCGAGGUCUUUAAAUUAUGAUGAACUCCCUCGCGUUGAUCAACCAUCAUCAUUUGAUAUAUUAAAGAUCUGUUAUGCUCUAUUAAUUCGAACAUUAGAUUUAUUACAUCGAUUAACACUAAACGAUUGA